GUAGCCAGAAAGCUCUUUGAAAAACCACUGGGCUCCGGGUUCAUUACUACAGGAAACUUGUUCCCUCCUGAGGCACAGAGAAACCUGCUGCCGAGCAACCCUGCAGGCUCAGGAGUCCAGUGGGAUAAAACCCAUCCCGGAGGAUAAUGGCCACCUACGCCCUGCAGAUCGCUGGACUGGUGCUUGGUGGCGUUGGCAUGGUGGGCACGCUGGCCGUCACCAUCAUGCCUCAGUGGAGAGUGUCUGCCUUCAUUGGAAGCAACAUCGUGGUGUUUGAAAACUUCUGGGAAGGACUGUGGAUGAACUGCGUGAGGCAAGCCAACAUCAGAAUGCAGUGCAAAGUCUAUGACUCCCUGCUGGCGCUGUCUCCGGACCUGCAGGCAUCCAGAGGGCUCAUGUGUGCUGCUUCCGUGCUGUCCUGCCUGGCUUUCGUGACUGCCAUCCUGGGCAUGAAGUGCACCAGGUGCACCGGGGACGACGAGAAGGUGAAGGGUCACAUCUUGCUGACGGCCGGAAUCAUCUUCAUCGUCACAGGUCUCCUGGUGCUAAUCCCUGUGAGCUGGGUUGCCAAUUCCAUCAUCAGAGAGUUCUACAACCCGAUAGUGGAGACGGCCCAAAAACACGAGCUUGGAGAGGCUCUCUACAUAGGCUGGACCACGGCGCUGGUGCUGAUUGCUGGAGGGGCACUGUUCUGCUGUGUCUCUUGUGCCGGUGAAAAGAGCAGCAGCUACAGGUACUCCGUACCUUCCCAUCACACAACCCAAAAGAGCUAUCACGUGGAAAAGAAGUCACCGAGCGUGUACUCCAGAAGUCAGUAUGUGUAGUAUGGUGGCUAGUCGUUAACUUGACCGAUAAAGCCAUGCCAAUGACUAAAGUGACCGCUGUUCUCUAAAAAUGGAAUCCAAAGGAACAUUGAUUUGCCAUUCUUAACUGCCUAACACUAAUUACAGGAACCGUGCCUUGGCUAUGUAGGCUUCUAUGAGCUAUUUCAGCAGAAUGAGAUAUCACACACCGUGCUUUGAUCGUUCUAGGAAGUGUAGUAACAUGUUUUCUAAAAUGAUUCAUGCGUCUUUGUCUUUCGCCAGUUACUUCAAAAUGACACUGUUAAAGACUGUCUUGUUUCACAAGUGUGAUUUCUCUACGCCACGGCGUUAUGUAUGGAGAUCAGCGUGUCUGUAUCUCACGUAAAGAGAGACAGGCUUAUAUGGUUCUAUUUUAAAUGAAAUACUGAUUCAAUACACUGAAUAAAUAAAACUCAACUAUUGCUUUUCAAGGGAAUCGGGGAUAAGAUUGAAGAAGGUUAAUAUUAAUUGUGUAAAAACAGCUUAGCAAUUAAUGCGCGCGAUUCCUACGGAAGGUUAAAAUGGAGGUUUUAAUCAGCAGUGUAAAGGAAGCCAAAUGGCUUUCUGAUAUCCUGUUUUUCAAGCUAGAAAUCCUAACUCCUUUAUCCUCUUUCCCCAGAGGCCUUUCUUUUCUUGUAUAUUAAAUGAAUAUCUUUUAAAAGGCAGAUACUGUUGUCCAGGAGCUUUGCAUUCAGGCUGCUUUUCCAGGGCUAUCCUGAGAAGAAAGAUAAAACUGUAGUCCGAGAAACAUUGAAGACGUCAGGAAAGGGAAUUUUGUUCUUCCCCUGAAGUUUUUGUGGUAGGAGGAGGAUGCAUUUUGAUGAGAAAUCAUAUACGUGUGUGAAUAUUUUAACAGCCAUUUGACCAUAGACUUUGGGCAUUUCUCAAUAUAAAUAACAGGAUAGGAAAAUGAUAUCUCUUGGUUUUCAGUUGCUCCCCAAAGGAACAAAACCAGGUUGUCCUUUGCAAGCUGCACCUGCUCCUAAGGUGUGUGUAGAUGACUAGGUUUAAAUUGUCAUUUCGAUCCCAUCAAAGAUACAUUUUUUUACUUGUUCUAUUUUUUAUUCAUGCUUACUGAGGUAUAGAAAUACUCUAGCUUUGAGUCUCCCCCAAAGUUGAUGCAACCGAUACUUCAGUUUGAAAGUUUGUAUCCACAUUCUAACUUAAAUGACCACACAUAUCGGCUUUAUGUCCUUUAUAUUAAUAAAUUGUGCUUUUUAUAUAAA